AUGGCCGACAUCACCCUCUCUAGCCUCUCUUAUAUAUCCCGCGAAGAGCUCGCCGAGCAACUACGUAAUUCGUCCUCCGCAUCGUUCCUCCCCUCCAACCUCGCCAUCAUCGACGUACGAGACAGCGACCACAUCGGCGGGCACAUCCGAGGCAGCACAUGGGUCCCUUCUAACGAGCUGGACUACAAGACCCCUGAACUCGUGCGGAGUCUCAGGGACAAGGAUAUGGUGGGGGCCGAGCGCGGCAUUGAGGUAUCUGAGGGAGAAGAGGAGGUUAGAUCCGGGGAGUAG